UGGUUGAGCGAAAGGAAAACGGCAGACGACAUGUUCUCGAUCCUUCGUCUCAACAAGGAAGGGGGCAAGUUCCUCGACAAUUCGACGUUUUGGUCGUGGGUCUUCUUCGCGACGAAGCUGAGCGACAAGAACCCAGACGAGGUCAUGCUGGCAGCUCUGAAAAAGCGUUUCAGCGACAAAAGUCUGGAAAAUAUCUUCACGGCAUCAAAACAAGGGGCAAACCCGAAGCUCAUCGCCACCCGAUUGAGGCAGGAGCUGUGGAUCAGUCAGGGCCAAUCGGCGGACGAUAUCUUCAGGCUUCUC